AUGGAGCAACUCAGGCAGAUUGACGAGGUGUGCGACGCAUUCGACAUGGGAAACGGGAUCGUCUUCGAGAACCAUCCUCACGCCAUCAGCGACGUCGCAGAGGAAGUAGUCGCCCGGGAGAACCCGUCAACACCGCCGCAAACACGGACCACCGACGAGAUCUUCAUCAGCUGCGGCCCGACCAAAUCUGCAUUUAUCGCUCCGCAUCUCCGCGCCGGAUUACGGCCGAUGAAUAUCUACAAGGAAGUCGUCAAUCGGAAGACGAUCCCGCCAUCUGUGGACCCGGACGGCCGUUUUGAAUAUCACGCCGAGAGACUGACGGCGUCUGCCCUCACACAAACGUAUCACUACAUGAUCGAGGGCGGUCUCGAGUACGGGUUGCUGACAACUGGCGAGGCGACCGUCUUCCUCAAGGUGGACUGGGCCGAGCCUGAAACGUUGUAUUAUCACCUGGCAGAGCGGGCCGGAGGUUAUCUCGCGUUCAGCCUGAUGGCGCUAGACGAGAUCAGUCGGAAUCAUCGGACGACGAGUCGGGAUAUCGACCUCCGGAUACGCCGAGCCCCUCUGAGCGGCAAGGACGACGUGGACAACGCGGACAACGUGGACGAGGCGAUGCAAAUGUACCUCGAAGAAGUCAACGAAUCCUGGCACGCCGGCCCCGCCAAGCUAGAAAGCACGGUGCUCGAGUGCUUUCAAGGUGACCUUCUGUCGUAUGGCUACACGUUUGUGUGCAAGGGCACAGUGAAGGCCUUCAUCCGAGACCUUGAGCAUGAAGCAACCGUCUACAAGCGCCUAGAGCGGGUUCAGGGCGUUAACGUACCUGUCUUUCUCGGAGCCGUAGACCUUCGGCCGCUGAAGAGGACCUACUACUACGACCAUCGGGUUUACGUCGUGCACAUGACGUUUCUUUCAUGGGGAGGAGACAUAAUUGACGAGGCCAAGGUCGCAGCCAGCACGAGAAGAAUCCUUGAGGCCAAGGCGCUUGCAUCCCUGCGGGCGAUACAUGAGGAAGGUGUGGUGCACAAAGACGUGCGAAGCGCCAACAUGCUGGUCAACAAAGAGACGGACGGUGAUGAUGAUCGACUUUGA